AACAUCCAAAUACAUUAAUCCAGUUGCAGUCCUGGGGAACUGAAUUAAAUACUAUCAUGUAGAAAACAAUUAAACAAAUUAAAUAGUUGUCUAAGGUGAAAUUAGCCGGCAUUUUAAUUAGUGUGAUUCUUAUGACUUUUCAACAACACACCAAACAAGACCUAAUCAAACUAAAAAGAGAACAAGUCUAAAACUUUUCCAUUUUUCUAGUACAUGUGUUUUUGUGAACAGAAAUUUCAGGAUCCUCUAUAAAGCGUAUAGAAAUAUUUCAGGCUGUAUAAAAGAAAGGGUGAAAUAGUUGGAGUUAGAGUUGCACCAGUUGAAGGCUUCAUAAACCUACACAUGUCACCCUCAAACUGAUAUAUUUUCUCCAUCAUCAGGAUUUAAACUCUGAUUUUUAAAUUUCUUCAACUCUUCUUAACCAUUAGUUUAAACCAGCUAAUAAUUAUGUUAGGACUUUUCAGAACUUCCUUCACCUUUCUUAACAAAAAGGCCAAAUUAUUCUUCAACAAGCCAAAAAGCAUAGACAUUAUUAGAGAACCUAACACAAGUUCCUCUUCUUUUGUUGAUAUGGAAAUGUCUAAUCAGUUCAAACAAGUUUUCAAGCUAAUUGACACUAAUGGUGAUGGCAAGAUAUCAACCAGUGAGCUCAGUGAGCUGCUUUCAUGUUUGGGAUACAAAGAUAGUAUAGCUGCUAAAGAAGCUGAAGGUAUGGUAAAUGUGUUGGACUCAAAUGGAGAUGGGUUUGUAGACUUGGAAGAAUUCAUGGUUGUUAUGGAUGACAAAGAAGGCAAGUUUGGUUGUGCUAGUGACAUGGAGCAAGAUGAGUAUCUCAAGGAUGCUUUUCUUGUCUUUGACACAGAUAAGAAUGGUCUAAUUUCAGCUAAGGAACUUAAGAGAGUUUUGAUAAAUUUAGGAUUUGAUCAUUGUAGUAUGGGAGAGUGCAAGCUUAUGAUCAAAAGGGUUGAUAAGAAUGGAGAUGGAUUUGUGGAUUAUGAAGAAUUUCAAGCCAUGAUGAAAUCAGGAUUAGCCAACUAAUUAAAGCUUGUUUGAAAAAAUCAAAAUAGGAUAGGAACUAGGAUAGUGUAGUAUUUUUGCAUUUUUUUUUCCUUCCUUUUAUUGCCUAUCUUUUUUGUGCUCACUCAUGAUGGGCAUUGUACAUAUUGAAUCGUCUACAAUUAUAAGAUACUAGUACUA